AUUUAUUCGUCAAAAAUUUUAAUAAAUCCGCGGUCACACUCCACGCCGCCUGGACUCCAAAUUAAAAGUAAAAUUAAAACGCAGGAAAGAAAACAACAGUGCACUAUGAGUGAGCAGAAAACAAGUGGGUCGCCGUCCCCAACGAGCACAAAGGAUAACGCGGCCGCCAGGCAGAAAAUCGAAACGGAAUACAACAAUAAAAAGACUGGAUCGGGCUGGCAUCGCUACUACAAGGAAAUCUCAGAGAAAUGCGAUCGCGGGGCAAAAGAGCAACAGUUCAGUACGCUGGAAUCGGAGCGAUCACAGAACCGAGGCCUGAAUCGCUAUAGGGAUGUGAAUCCCUAUGAUCAUUCGCGGAUUGUCCUAAAGCGCGGCAAUGUGGACUACAUCAAUGCCAAUCUGGUGAAGCUGGAGCGUGCCGAUCGUCAGUACAUACUGACUCAGGGUCCCUUGGAGGAUACUGUGGGCCACUUCUGGCUGAUGGUCUGGGAGCAAAAGUCGAUCGCCAUUCUCAUGCUCAACAAGGUGACGGAGAAGAAGCAGAUCAAAUGCCAUCAGUACUGGCCCAAUCAGUUCGGACCGGAGAAGGCCCUCAAGCUGAAGGACGAACUCCUCACCGUGGAGCUUGUGCGCUGCGAGGAGUACCAGAACUUUGUGCGGCGGUGGUUCAAAUUAACCGAUCUCGAAACGCAGAAGAGUCGCGAGGUGAUGCAGUUCCACUACGUCACAUGGCCAGAUUUUGGCAUUCCCAGUUCGCCAGAUGCAUUCCUGAAAUUCUUGCAGCAAGUACGUGACUCUGGCUGCCUCAGCAACGACGUCGGUCCGGCCGUGGUGCACUGCAGCGCCGGCAUUGGUCGCUCGGGCACUUUCUGCCUGGUUGACUGUUGCCUUGUGCUCGUGGACAAACACGGAGAGUGCAAUGUGUCGCAGGUGCUGUGCGAGCUGCGCAGCUACCGCAUGGGACUGAUACAGACAUCCGACCAGCUGGACUUUUCCUAUCAGGCCAUCAUAGAGGGCAUCAAGAAGCUGAACGAUCCCACCUUUCUCGACGCUAAGGAACCAAUCAUUGGCAAUGAGGCAGAUGCGCAUGCACAGGAUGAGAAGCCGCCACCGCUGCCGCCUCGCUCAUAUUCGCUGACGUUGCCGCCGGCCCCCAAGUCGGGCGGAGUGCUCUCGCUGAACAUGCGCGCCGUCCAGUCCAAUGGCGAGGAGGUGUCUGCCGAUAAUAUUGGCGACAAGCCCUUGGAUGCUCAGAACAAUUUCAUCAAUCAGCACGAGAUCAUCAACGCUGAGGUGGCCGACAGUCUGCGUCCCUUGCCGCCGUUGCCGGCGUCGCAGGAGUCGGAUAGCGAUGAGGACUACGACCUGGAUGAGGACGAUGAUGAUGAUGACGAUGACGAGGAGUACGAGACCAUCAAUGAGAUCGAUGUGGAGCCCGUCAAUGGCAAUGUAUCGACAACGACGCCCCAAGACGAUGAUGUGAAUGCCAACAGCGAGAAGCCAGCGCCAGCCGAACAGCACAAGGCCAAUGGCAUUGACACAGUGGGACAGACCCAGACCCCAGCGAGUCCCGAAAACGAGCUGAAGCGACGAAAACGCACCGAACAUCAAGCCCAUCUGCAGAAGCAAAUCAACAACAUGAAACGGAAGCUGCGGGAGAGCGAGGACGGCCAGAAGGCGUCUAAAAAAGGAAGGUCAUUACUCACAUAUAUUGCGGCUGGUGUGGUGGUGGGCGUGAUCUGCGCCUACGCAUACACGAAGCUAGGUUAAGUGCCCCGCCCCACCCCACCUACCUACCCAUUAAGUAGAUGUAGACCUAGCCAUUGAGUAGGCAUUAGUAGCAAUAGCAGUGUGACGCCCGUUGCCGCGGGACACCGAUCCUCCCCAGCACGUCACGUCACGCAUCGCGUCGGGUCGCGCGUCUCUCAUCGAGCCUCGGGCUAACAUUUAAUGUCAGCACGGAUCAGAUCGGAUCGGAUUGGAUUGGAUCGCAACGCAAUCACCGCGACGAUUGGGUUGAAUUAACGAUACGAUACACAUGAUGCAUACAUAUAUAUUAGGGAAUUUUUUACGAGUAUAUGAAAUACUAAAGAAAAGAAGAAUCAAAGGCAUAAGCAAAAACUAAGCGAAAAUCGGGUAGAAAUCACGUCAAAAGUAGAUUUUGCGCAAUAGACUGACAUUUUAGAUCAAAUUUAUUUUCUACAUUUUAAUAAUGGAAAUAUUUAAUAACGAAACCCCCGAAAAGAACCUCCAAACCCAGCCCCCCUGCACGAACUAUUUUUCUUAUAAAUCUUUUUUUUUUCUUUACAUUUUAUUCUAUUAAAUGCAGUAAUUAUGCGUCUUAUUGUUGAGUUUAAGAUAUAUGUUCAGGACAGUCAGAAUUUGAAUGAGUCAGAAUUUAGACCUGCUAACUGGUUAAUCUCAGAUUUUCCAUAGAUGUUUUUGGAUUCUGCAGUUAAUGGAUUGUCCAUUUCAGAGCAUAUUGCUGGGCCUUCUUCUUUUCGAUGUCCAACAUUUUUUGGUUGUUUCCAUUGAUUUCCUGACCCAGCAGAUUUAAAGAGUCAGAGUCAGGGAGGGCAUAUUGGACAAACAAAUUUGAAGUAUUUAUACAAAUCUUUAAAUUGCUUGUCCAACAGGAUGACCAUAGAACGGCGAACUGCCUCAGCUGUUCUGUUAAGCAAUUUUAGACAGUGGAAGGAUCUGGACAAAUUUUUUGAGAAUGUAUCUAUUUCAUCAUCAGAUGGUACGGAGCUUGACAUCUGGAACGAACAAUAUUUCUUUAAACACCACUUUCCCCAGUCCCUUCUUCCUCGUCCCUCUCUUCUUUCCUUAAAUACUUCAUGUAUGAAUCUUGGACAUUUCUUUUGUGGUCAAUCUGGUUUGUAUGCAGGGGUUUACAUUGACAUGUAUGAUUCGAUAAUUCUUUUAAGACACCCAGAAUUUCAUGAUAGAUUCCUGUUUAAUCAAGACGGUGUUUGUAUUCUGUUGAAUCACAGUCGCAUCAGACAUUGCAUCUGCCAACCAAAAAAUAAAUAUAUAUCUAAGGCUCAACAAUAAGGAGCAUAAUUCCUGCAUUUAAUGGAUUAUAAAAUAGAAUAUAAAUUCCAGAUGUCAAGCUCCGUACCAUCUGAUGAUGAAAUAGAUACAUUCUCAAAAAAUUUGUCCCGAUUCUUAUCUUUGCAAUAUUGAUUUACCAAAACAGCUGAAGACAAGAUGAUUUAAGGAAUAUUUAUAAUGAAAUAGAAUUUAAAGUAAAUUAGAUUCAAGUUUAUUUAAAAUUAACUCAAAUAAUAGAAUUCUACGUCAAGUAUCGAGACUUCACAAGUUGAACUUAAAAACAAUUUACUGAAACAAAUUGAGACAAAAAAAAACAGUGUAAAACUUAAUCCGGAUGGCAAAAAUAGAGUUUUAUUUACAUGUAAAUAAUUGUUCGAUAGAGAAUAACUAAAGAGUCUAAACUUGAAAGAAGAUUUCUUAAAAACGAAAAAUUAGAAAUGAUCCACAUAUACUUUGAUACUUUUGUGAAGUUGUUGAAAAUAGAGUUUUUCUUUGAUUGUUUAUUGUUUUCUACACCCCGCACCAACCUACCCCCACACCCGAAACCCAAAUUCCAAAACCCAAGUGCAAACACAAUCCACAUCCACAUCGCUCGCUAUUCAAUAAAAUUUGAUAACAUAUACGAGUACAUAUAUGUAUCUAUUAUAUUUACGCUCUACGAUCCACACACCCACGCGCUUCACUUGUUGUUGUACAGCAAUUUCUUAUAGCAUACGAACUAUGUAUAAUUAUUUAUGAAGAGAUUUACGUGCAGAUCGAAGAACACUUGUUGUAGUACCAUGGCAAACAAACGAAUUGCAGCAAAUGUGCCAAAACCAAAAAAGAGAAAACGAAAACGAACAGAAAAACAAUGUGAAAGCCCCUUCAUGACUUUUUUAAUUUACUUAGCUCCGAAUCCCUUCCUACAUUUUAAUAAUGGUUUUUAACGAUUUAUCAUACAAUGCACUCAACAAAAACAGAAAGAGAGAACGAAGAAAAUGCUGCGCCAUUGAACCAAUAAUAAAAAGUAAUGCAAAAUAGCACAAAAAUAACUACGAGUAAAACAGUAUGAUUACGAUAUAUAGUAUACAUAAAUGAGAACCGGGAGAAACUAUACAAUGGUUUUUUCCCCCCUCCCAUAGAAUAAGUGUGUAUGCCCCGUAGUAGUAGAGCCCAGAAAAGAAAGAGAACGAACGCGUGCAAGAGUUAAGAAUUACCAUAAGAGUUAUUUUUUAUAUAUGUGUAAUCCGCAAUUUAACGAAAAACUCAACUAACCAGAUGCUGCAGCAACUACAGAAAGAGACAGACAUAAACGAAAGAACGAGUGCAAUGACACACAAUGGCUGAAAAAAGAAGUGGAAAGUAGAAUGGAAUCGGAUGAUUAUCGAUGAUCAGUGGAGCGGAGAGGAGAGGGAUAACUUUUAUAAACAUAUAAACUAACAAAACAAAAAAUACAUAUUUAUAUAAAGUAUAUUUAAAGAGUAAAAACAUGAACAAUACCUAAAGUAAUGCCUAGUUAACUGAACAAUUGGUUAAGUACACACAAUCCCCACUCACACAACACACCACACACAACGAACCACACACGUAAUAUAUUAUAAUGCCUAUAUGAGAGAUGAACGAACAGAGAAGUGAGAGAAAGUAUUCAAAUAAAGCUAUAUAUGUUUAAGACACCAAGAA